AAAUCCGCNAAAAACGAAACCGAUUUCGAACGUACCGGGCCUCUGGAUGACAAGAACAAAACCGAUCCCGGAAACCUGGGCGAAACCUCGUUCCUGUGUGUCGACCCGUCAGUUCGUGAAGGAUGCAACAUUUUUCGCAUAUCCCGCGAACUGAACAUCCUGUUGUGUUUGUCCACACUAUUCUCCGACAUAUUGUUCUUAGUUUGCGCUCGCCUGUUCCCUGUGUUGUCCGGUUGUUCGCUCGACUCGACGGUUUUCCGCGCGCUGCUUCCAAUGGAUCGUGACAUUCUCCGACGUCUUGUUCGCGUUGGGAAGCAGAAAAUUGCGAAAUUGGACAGGCAAAGCCCAGGCAAGUUGUUAGACCGACAUCUGUUGUGUAGGGCCUUGAGCAGAUGGAGAGCGUUGCGAGAUAAUCUUGGGCGUCAUAGUCUAUGGGUGACAGGUUGCUCCGCUGGUGCCUUUUCAUGGGAUGAAGACUGUUCCUUCGAGAGCGUAUCUAGCUUAUCCGAAUUCCCCCCUCCGUCGGAUUAUCCGAGUUCUCCCGUCACGGAACCUACAACUGAGGCUGAUAUAGUUCUCAGUAGUUCUGCAUGUAGCCAGUUUACAAACCCUGAUGAGAAGCUUUACUGUCCCGUUAAUUAG